AUGCAAGUCACCGUCUUGGUCGGCAUCGCCCUCGGGGCCGCCGUCGUCGUCAUGGUCAUCAACGCCGUGCAGACAAGACAGCGUCACAGGGCCAUGGCCAAGAAGCUCGGGUGCAAACCGCCUGUUCUAGGUCCGUCCACGGAACCCAGCGGCGUCGUGGCCAUGUACCGCGGCGCAAAGGCGUCCAAGGAGAAGCGAUUCCCCCGGCUGGUCCAGGAGCAGUUCGAGAAGCUCAAUGAGCGCGAGGGCCGACAAGUCGGUACGGCAGCCCUGGUCACCCCAUUCUUCAAGAAGAUCAUCUUCACCUCGGAUCCGCAAAACAUCCAGGCCAUGCUGGCGCUGAAGUUCAAGGACUUUGGUCUGGGCGUGAACCGCACCGAUAAUUUCAGACCACUUCUCGGGAACGGCAUUUUUGCUGCCAAUGGUAAGCAAUGGGAGCAUUCGCGAGCCCUCCUCCGCCCCCAGUUCGUCCGCAGCCAGGUCAGCGACUUGGAUCUCGAGGAGGCGCACGUCAGGAAUAUGAUGACGGUGCUGGAUCGUCACCUUGGAAGCGAUGGCUGGACCGGCACCGUCGACCUCCAGGUCUUGUUCUUCCGUCUCACCCUCGACUCGGCCACCGAGUUCCUGUUUGGCGAGAGCGUCAACAGCCAGAUGGAUCUGCAGGCCGACAUCACCAACAGCGGCAAGGACGACAACAGCUUCGCCUACGCCUUCGAUCGCUCACAGUACAUCCUGGCCAUUGCUGCCCGGCUGGGCCACAACUACUGGCUGAUGCACACGCCCGAGUUCCACCGAAUGGUCGAGAGAGUCCACAAGUUUGUCGACUACUUUGUGCAAAAGGCCAUGAGCAACCCGGGCGAGAAGCAGACAUCGGGCCACUACGUCUUUCUGCACGCGCUGGCCGAGCAGACCCAGGACCCGACCGAGCUGCGAUCGCAACUGCUCAAUAUCCUGCUGGCUGGUCGUGAUACGACGGCUUCGCUCUUGGGCUGGUUCUUCCACACCUUGGCCGACAAGCGCCACGAGCACAUUUACAAGAGGCUUCGCCAGAUUGUCGUCGACGAGUUUGGCACCUAUGACAGCCCGCGGGACAUCACCUUUGAGAGGAUGAAGAGCUGCCAAUACUUGCAGUGGUGUAUCAACGAGGCCCUGAGACUGUACCCCGUCGUCCCCAUGAAUGUACGCACAGCCCUGACCGACACGACUCUUCCCACUGGGGGAGGCGAUGACGGCCGCUCGCCCGUCUUUGUCCCCAAGGGGACCGAUGUCGGCUACUCUGUAUUCAUCAUGCACCGUCGCAAGGACCUGUGGGGUGAGGACUGCGAGGAUUUCAAGCCAGAGCGCUGGGAAUCACGGAAGCCUGGCUGGGACUACCUCCCUUUCAAUGGCGGCCCCCGUAUCUGCAUUGGCCAGCAGUUCGCUCUUACUGAAAUCGCCUACGUCUUGGUCCGUAUGCUGCAGCGCAUCGACGUCCUCGAUGGCUCGGCCGCGGGUCCCGUCAAGCAUGGCUUAACCUUGACCAACUGCCCGGCUGAUGGAGUCAAGCUCCGUCUCCAUUUCGCCGAGUAG